UGUUUAUUCUUAAUUCUGUUCUUACAAUAAGCCUGUGAGAUGGGCUCUGUUGCUAUCCCCAUUUUACAGAUGAGGAAACAGAAGAGGCCAGACUUAAGAUACAGAACCUAGAUUUGGACUUGUGUUCACUGACCUCUCUUCCUGAGCUCUUCAUUAUUUACUUUUCACUUUUGGUGCUGGAGAUGGAACUGAGCCCAGGGCCUUGGGCAUGCUAGGCAUGUGCUGAGCUCUAUCCUCAGCUUCCAGGCCUGGGUUCUCAUAGCCUUGGCUGUGAGAAUUCAGUGUGAUGAAACCAUGAAGAGAAAACACCUCAGCUGCAUUCACACUGCAUUCAGGAUUGUGAGGACAGAAUGUCAAGUUCGGGAAACUGCUCCUUCCUCUUUAACUGGCCCUUCCAGCCUCCCUUCCUGCUGUCUCCCACAAAUAAUGGGAUGCCCCAGCACUUCUCUUCUGAUUGGGAGGCUGUGUGGGGUCUCACCAGGGAGUACGGGAAGUGCAAGGGGAUGUGGCCAAACCCUGGGACUGUUCUCUUCUGCAGCCUCGCUGGUGUACCGCCUGCCCUUGUCAUGGGUGGGACCCAAGCUGCCCUGGAAACUCCUCCAUGCAGCCUUGCACCUGCUGGCCUUCAUCUUCACUGUUGUGGGGCUGGUUGCUGUCUUUCAGUAUCACAACCAUUCAAAAAUUGCACACCUCUAUUCCCUGCAUAGCUGGCUGGGCAUCACCACUGUCAUCCUCUUUGCCUGCCAGUGGUUCCUGGGCUUUUCCAUCUUCCUCUUGCCCUGGGCGUCCCAGUGGCUGCGAAGCCUCUUGAAACCUGUGCAUGUCUUCUUUGGAGCUUGCAUCCUCUCUCUGUCAAUCACAUCUGUCAUUUCCGGCAUCAACGAGAAGAUUUUCUUCGUUUUGUGAGUGCAAAGGGGCCUGUAUCACUAAGGCAAGGGGGGAGCAGGGACUUGAGAAGAUGUGCCCCUAGGACCAGGGCAGGUAAGCCUCUGGGCUUGGGUCCAUUCCUGAUCUGAAAUGUGACACAGUUGGCCUGUCUUUAGGUUGAAGUUGGUAAAUUGGCUAGCAAAUAUUUAUCAAUCAUCAAGUGAUAUAGUACCUACUGUCAGAAACUACUACUCUAAGCACCUUACCUUUAAUUUUAAGUACCCUACAACAUGUGUUUUCUCAUUAUGAAAGCAUAUAUGAUGAGGUGCAGAGAAGUAACUAACUUAACAACACACAGCUUAGCAAGUGGCAGAGCUGGAAAUUGAGUUAGGCAGUCUCCAGCCUGUGUCUAACCACUGCUGACCUUUGUUUUGAGGCAGUGUGGUGCAGUAAACAGCAAAUAAGAUUGGAAGUUGGUCCUGGGUUUAGAUCUUGGCUGAAGAUCUUGACUGAAAGUUCAUUUCCCUGUAGAAGCUUCAGUUUUCUCAUGCAUAAAGAGCACUACAGGCCCGGCGUGGUGGUCCACGCCUUUAAUUC